ACUCAGGCGUCACGCUUGUGUUUCACGCCAUCAUGUUUCUCUAUCAGCUGCUCAACUUUUUCUUUGGGCUCCUCAAGAAAGAAGAGACCUCCAAACAUGACCUGUCGCUGUACAAACGCGGGGACUUGCUGGAGGUGCCCAGGACGCUGUUCACCCACUUUGGCAUUUACUUGGGCAACGACCGGGUGGCUCACCUCAUCCCCGACAUCCUGCCAGCAAUUUCCAAGGACAAAUCCGCCAUCGCCAAGAUGGUGACCAACAACCGCUUGCUGAUGGGGGUCAUUGCCAAGGUGGCCAGCGUGAGAGUGGACUGUGUGGAGGACUUUGCUUACGGAGCAGAGAUUCUGAUCAACCACAUGGAUAAGAUAUGCAAGCGGCCCCCACUGGAUGGAGAAGAAGUGGCUCAGCGGGCUGAGAAACUCCUUGGAUCCGUCACCUACAGCUUACUGUGGUACAACUGUGAACAUUAUGUCAUGUACUGCAGAUACGGCGUGGCCAUAAGUUACCAGACGUACCAGUUCUGCACAACGGUUCGGAAGAUCGUGUUCAGCAGAAUCAGCGCCUACUUGACAGCUGUGUGCGGCUUCUGCGUCAUGCUGCAUCUGGGCUGCAUGACGCCAACAACAGUGUUGUUCACCUUUCUCAUCUCCUUCACCAUCUGGAUGGCGUCCUAACCAACCUCUCAAGG